AUGGACAUCGUAAUGGUAGGGGCCUGCUACCUGGACACCAUUCUCACGCAAGUACCCUUGCCGCCAUACGACACAAAGCUGCGAGCCUCUAAUCUGGAAAUAAGACGCGGUGGAAACUGCGCAAACACGCUAGAAGUGCUUCAGCAACUGAAUGAUGUGCGUCCCGCCGACGCCUCCGCUCGCGGCGCCAACAGAGACGUCCCGGAUGACGACCCCUCGCGACCGGACGAGACGGCCAAGAACCGCCUUUACCUGCUCGCAUGUUUGCCAAAGCAGGACAGCCCAGCGACAAGGCAAGUGAUGCAGUCGUUUGGCAAUGGCACGCCCAUUAGCUUCAAGCACUGCCUCUACCGCGCGGACGCGGCCGAGGCGGCGAGCAGCUACAUUAUCCGGAGCAGCAAGACGGGCAGCCGCACGCUCGUCAACUACAACGCGCUCGAGGAAAUGACAGUCGCCGAGUUUGAGGCCGUCGCGCGCGAUUUCCAAGCAGAGGGCCAAUCUUGGUGGCACUUUGAGGGUCGCAUACCGGAAACCACGCUCGAAUGCAUUCGGAUAUUACGCCGCAUUCUCCCUGGAUCCAAAAUCAGCGUCGAAGUCGAGAAGCCGGGGCGACAAGGGCUGCGUGCGCUGGCCGCCGAAGCAGACGUUGUCUUUUACUCGAAAGUCUGGGCAGAGGAUCGCGGGUAUAAUUCGGCAAUGGACUGUCUCACGGCCGAGCCCGCAGGACAAGCAUCCCUGUCCGUGUGCCCUUGGGGAGCUGGGGGGGCCUAUGCAAUGUCUCACUUAUCGGGGGACCAGAUUCACUGCCCUAUCGAGCAACAGCCUGACGAAAUUACCGUCGUAGACUCCGUGGGAGCGGGAGACACAUUCAUUGCCGGAAUGCUCUACGGCCUCACUACAGGUGGUUACGAGAAUACGCCCUGGGAUGCGCGUCGCUGCGUGCGCUUCGCUGUCGACUUGGCUACGCUCAAAGUUCAGCGCGAAGGCUUCGCCGGGUUGGGCCACGACGUGAUACAAACCCAGAAGCGCUGCCCUGUGACGACGGCGUGA